ACCUCCAGCUGCUCAAGAUGCCAAGGGGGAAGAAGGCCAAGGGGAAGAAGGUGGCCCCGGCCCCUGCGGUGGUGAAGAAGCAGGAGGCCAAGAAGGUGGUGAACCCGCUGCUCGUGAAGCGGCCCAAGAACUUCGGCAUCGGACAAGACAUCCAGCCCAAGCGGGACCUCACGCGCUUCGUCAAGUGGCCGCGCUACAUCCGGCUGCAGCGGCAGCGGGCCAUCCUGUACAAGCGGGGCCCAAGUCCGUGGCUCACAUCGCCAAGCUGGAGAAGGCCAAGACCAAGGAGCUGGCCAUGA